AUGCAAACACCACGUCCGCACUCUCGCACAUCCACGCACGCACGCACGCACGCACGCGGGCGUGCACGAGAGCACACGGCAUGUCGACCGCUCACCCACCCACCCACUCACUCACGUGCUGCAGACCUGGCGGCUGAGCCAACAGAGGGGGCAUGGAUGGUGCUCAAGAUGCCUCGCUUACUCAUCCCACGGGUGGCAAGCUUACAGGGUGUUGAGCAACACCAAUGCUUCAGCAUAGCCUUUAACAUUGACAGCGCUUACACGCUAGACGAUAGGACAAAAAAUCACGCUCGUGUGCUAUUUUCUGCUAUGGCAGCCUGUGUCAGAGAUGCGGUGGCAAUCGAAUCACCCAACUCGGUGGUGCCAGGAAGGUUGAUGCAGUACAAGUCAGGAACCAAACUUAAAGGUCUUCUCAGUGUUGAAUCCUACAAUCUCUUAUGCUGCGCACGCUUCUGUCACUCCCAAUUUUACGGCUCUGAAAGUGAUACCCUCAAUUAG